AUGAAAUUAAUGGACAAGAUGCUCUCUGAAAAGUUUUCAGAAGUAGAAGAUGUUUGUGAUCAAAUAGGAUUCACAAUUUUUAGGCAAGAGGAAUGUUAUGGAACCUUGGCUACAUCAUUAAAGAUCUUGGAACGAGAAGAUAACAUGGAGCAGGGAUAUCUAACCCCAGUUCUAACCAUACUUAUAGAUAAAUUAAAGAUAUUUAACUGCCUGCGAUAUUGUCAGCCCCUUGAUAAUCUAUCUUAUAUUAAAAAUAUGUAUAUAAGAUUAAAUACGCUCUUACCCUCAAAUAUAAUAUUCCAACUUAGAUUUACGGUAAAACAACUUGAUAGGUUAUCUAAAAAGGCAGAUAAAGAUGAAAAAUUGGAAACAGCAAAAAUUAAAAAAGCACUUCAAAGUCAAAACAUUGAUGGUGCCAAAAUUUAUGCAGAAAAUGCUAUUAGAAAACGAAAUGAAUCCUUGAAUUUUUUGAAAUUGUCUUCAAAGGUUGAUGCUGUUACAUCCAAAAUAAAAACUGCCGAAACAAUUAAACAUGUUACUCAAAAUAUGAAAAUGAUGACAUCUGUCUUAGAAAAAGCAAUGAAUUCUAUGGAUCUUGAAAAGGUAUCAAAAAUUAUGGAAAAGUUUGAAAAGAAUUUUGAAAAUUUAGACGUCCAAUCAUCAGUCCUAGAUCAAUCAAUGUCCUCCGCGACCACACUAACCAUUCCAACGGAUCAAGUUGAGACCCUCAUAAAACAAGUAGCAGAGGAGAACGGGUUAGAAAUAAUGGGGCAAUUGCCUUCUGUGAGCACUGAAAAGCCCAUUUCUAUAGCGGCUGCCGACUCCAAUCGUUCUAGACAACAAGAAGAUAGUUUGAAUAAAAGAUUGGCAUCUUUAAGGGAAGCUAAAUGAAUGAUACCUAACUUGACAUGGUUCAAUGCUGCCGCCCACUCAAUUUCAUAGAUAUUUAUUUUUAAUAUUUCGAUUUAUAUUUAUAUUUACGAAAAUUAUGUACAAUUAUAUGAUUAUAAUAAAAUAAAUUAUAUAAUAAUU